UCGGUUGAAAAUUCCAAAAAAUUAGUUGAGCAGCGUUCGCUGAAGUAACACAAUUGGUGAUAAUUUCUUAGGAUUAAAGAAGUGAAACAAAAAUGGAUCCAUCUAUCGAUGAAGAUCUUACUCCAGAGCAAAUUGCAGUCUUGCAAAAAGCCUUCAACAGUUUCGAUCACCAAAAAUGCGGCAGCAUCUCAACUGAAAUGGUAGCUGAUAUUCUUCGCUUGAUGGGUCAACCUUUCGAUAAGAAAAUUUUAGAAGAACUUAUCGAUGAAGUUGAUGAAGAUAAAUCUGGUCGCUUGGAGUUUGAAGAAUUCGUGCAAUUGGCAGCUAAAUUUAUUGUUGAAGAAGAUGAUGAAGCAAUGCAAAAGGAAUUACGUGAAGCCUUCCGUUUGUACGAUAAAGCAGGCAAUGGUUACAUUCCAACUUCAUGUCUUCGUGAAAUCUUGCGUGAAUUGGAUGAUCAGCUAACUAAUGAAGAAUUGGAUAUUAUGAUUGAAGAAAUCGAUUCUGAUGGUUCGGGUACCGUUGAUUUCGAUGAAUUCAUGGAGAUGAUGACUGGAGAAUAGAUUGCAUUUGAAUUUUAUAUAAAAUUACUCAAAUCAUACCACAACCAAUGUACUAAUUGUACACAGAAAUAUUUAUUUAUGUUGUUAAGCUUUUUGAUAAUAAGUGCAAUUUUUUUCAGUGUAAAUAAAGUAAUCAAAUAAUUAAUUACCAUGUAUCAAAUGAAAUAAAAUGUUAAUAAUAAAAU